UCCCUCUUUUUUUUCUUUGCAGGUCUCUUGGCAGCAUCGCAGACAGAAUUACGCUUGGGAAUCAGGAGGAUGGUGUGCUUGGAGCCGCUUGACGCCGCCAGCCUGCUCGAAGAACCUUAUUUAUACCCCGACUUCCGACUGCAACUGGGAGCUACUUGCACGGAGUUGUUCCCCAUCUUCGAAAACUAAAAGAUUCAGAUUCGAUGCAUGUUGACAUGUUGCUCUUAUAAAAACCAGCGUAUUGGGCAAUGGGGCUUCGUGGUAAAUAAAGAGUUGUAUAUAGAUGAUAUUCUGGACCAGUACAGUCUAAUUGAUUCCAUUCAUAUAGUAACAUCGAAAAACAUCAAAAAACAUUCUAGCCUCUCAGUAUUGCAACAGUCACCGGACGUAACAUAUUUUUUUUCUCGAUUAACUUGAGAUAUAUUAUCUCACGUUGUAUAUCUCAGUGAAUCCUCUGUUACUUGACAAUUGAUAAGUGUUAAAUAACCAUUAACACGUUUUAGCUCUUAAAAGAGUAUCGAGCAGACAUAAGGCUGGAAAACAAAGCAUUUCGCAGUGGAUGAAUAUCGUGUAAAAUCUUGGUUUAGCCAUGGAUUCGAUGGAUGACUUCAGCAGCUUUUCCAGUGACAACAACACUAAUAUGACCAACAACUGGGAUGUGUGGUGUAGCAUGGUGGAUUACGACUAUCUUGCCAGCGUCAUCUUCAUAUGCAUCGUCAUGUUCAUGGGGACAAUCGCCAAUAUCGGACUCCUAGCAAUUACGUGCCUCAACAAAUCCCUGAGGACUCCUUCAAACAUCUUCCUCAUCAAUGUUAUUGUUGGGGACCUGAUAUAUAUCCUGAUGCGCGGACCUGUAUACGUCAACAAACUCCUAGGUCCACUUUGCUGGAACCACGGACUAGUCGCCUGCAAGAUGCAUACCUACUUCGAGACGGUGGCCCAGUACGUCUGCAUUUUGUCACUGACAGCGUUGAGCAUCGAGCGUUACAUGGCUGUCGUUCGGGGUCUAGAGUCUCGACAGAUCAACAGCAGAACUGUCAAGGUUGUGGGUGUUCUGGUCACGUGGAUCGUAGCUCUUGUCUUGGCCAUUCCUAUGGCUCUGAUGUCCUAUAUCCUCGAUAUAAUGCCAAUAUGCAGCACUGUCCGCAUGGGUAAAAUAGAAGGACAACUGUUUGACUUGUAUAGCUUCUUUACCAUGUACUUCGUACCGUUGCUCGUGAUCAGUACCCUCUAUGUCUCCAUCGCUGUGACACUCUACAAGAGCAGUCACACCAUGCUUAACAAUACCAGGCAGGAUGCAAAUAAUAGGAGGCAGACGUCCCAAAGACGUCGCCUUGCCAUGAUAUUUGUUCUAAUCACCGUAUCGUUUGCCAUAUUUUGGAUGCCAUAUUUCAUCCAUCGCCUAUACAAACACGUGAUGUUUAGCCUUGGCAGCGACAAGCCACACAGCAUCAUCUUUGAACAGAUAUCUGCCAUCUCCGCGCUCUUGAACGCGUGCCUCGACCCGUACAUCGUCUUCGCGAUGAGCACGGUCUACCGUAAGAACCUUUCCAAAUGCUGCCAAAAGCAGAGCAGUUACUGCUGCGAAAAGAGUGAGAAUUUGAACAUGAACAACCACAACCGAGGCAAUAACUACCAUCGACCAAGUGUUACGUUGUUCACGUCGUUGAGGUCACCUCAAAGUACUUUCGUGGCACUGAAAAGAAAUUCACCUUCAACCGUGAACUCGGAUACGGCUCUGUAGCGAAAGUACUCGAACGUCAACUUAUUAGGGUGUUGACUUAAGAUCUUAAAAGUGAUGGAGAUUAUGUGCAUCAUGUUACAUGCGAUUUACAUCCAGAGCUUAUGAUGGUUUUUUCAAAUAUUUCAGAGUGUAUGAAUUGAUAGAUAAGGACCAAUACGAGUUAUACCUGUUGAAAAACAGUUAUGGAUUUAUAAUUUUCGCAGCCUUAGCAACUGCAAAAGACGAAAAUGACACGGAUAAGGACAAGAGUGGAUUAUCAAGACCUAGUGCAAGGAAUGAGUCUAGUGAAAUCUGCAUGCAACUUUGACUAUGUCAAAUCUUGUUUAGACUAGAUAAAUCUAUUCGAAUUAUGAUAAAUUUGACAUAGAAGAGGUAUAUAAAACAUGUUUUGCAUAAUCUGGUUUAACAAUUUGCUUCGACUUGGGCGGAUAUUCCACUAAUGUAAGGUUGACUUAUGCAAGUUGUUUUGAUCAUGUUUACAUUGUCCAUAGGUAAUAUCACAUUUGCAAAUUUCAAUACAGGAUCCAUCGCUGGUCAUAUAACUAUUGACAUUGAUGAUUAAAGAAAAGAAAGUUUGUUAACGGACCUGGUUCUAAUAGUGUCCCGGAUCAUUUUAUGUUCUGAAAUCAAUUCUAUGGCUUGUUAUGGUGACACCUUCAUUACUGUCGCUCGAAACAUGUUAAGACCGCAUUUUGAAAACCCUAUGACAUUUGUAUCAAUAUCACGUGGUAGAAACCACACGUGGAUGGACAUCAAAAUAUCUUAAUGCUACAGUGUAAAAGAUAAUAUUGUGUCAAUAAUGCGUCACGAAGGAAACAUAAACUUGAAAGAUUUAAGCUAUGGAGAUAAUAACUACAUGUUUAACGUUGCAACCGGCCGAUGUCAUAAUGUGACACUGCUAAGGUUGUUAAUGUGUCAAAUCAAGAGCACCUGAACUUGUUACGAUGGUUGAAAAAUAUAAAAAAACAUUGCACAAGACUCAUAUUUGCCGCCGAAAGCUCGUUCUUCUUUGGCAUAAUUUUAGAAAACAGUCAACGCACGAAUGUCCUGUACGUUUUAUUCAGGCAAUGGGGUGGGGGUCUGAACCGGGACUAAAAACGUCUUUAAAAAACACCGAAAAUGUAUUGAAAAUACCCGUCAAAUCAAAAUGGUCAGCUGGGAGGCAUGACAAAAUUGCAAAUAAUAAUAAUAAUAAUAGUUGGAUUUAUAAAGCGCUAUUUGCCAGAGGAUUCAAAG